AUGGAAGGAGCAAGAGGCUCUAAAAGUGCGAGUGCGGAGCGGCAGUACCAGUCGGAAGCACUCGAGGAGCCUUCAGAAAGACGUACGGGAACUCGUACACCUUCGGUGGACGAAGAGUCCAUUAGUUCGAGGAGGACGAAUCUUCCCAGCCUGGAGGCCAGAGAGCUCAAGCUGGCGCGGAAGGAGCUUGAGUUGGAGCGUCGGGAGCUUGAGCUAGAGCGGCGAGAACUCGCGCGCGAACGAGAACGCAGCAACCCCAGUUUGCAAGGUGUACCGGAUGGUAAGGCGGACAGGAUGGAGGGUUGGCUGCAAGACACGGAGCGGCUGGGAGUGACGACGCCAAAACGGACUGCAGCAGCAAUGGCGACUGAGGACCGGCGGGUUCAUCACCCUUCGACCUUAGUUUCGAGCCCGGACGGGUACGGGACGCGAGUGUUGCAGCCGAGUAGUAGCACGAUGGCGGACAACCUACGACGUUGGCGGCCAUUCGACGCUACAAUGGCCGCGUCACCGCCAGGCUACGAUCAUACGGUGGCCAUCGACCAAGCCGCAGCGCUGGACCAGGAGUAUGCUGAUUGGCGUCGCGCGGUGGACGAAUCCCUCGCGACGCACCGUGAGGCCCAGCGUAGACAGCAGGAGAAAUAUGGAGAAGCGGCAACGGGUGAGCGUGGUGUUUCGUUUCAGAUGGCCAAGCCGUUGAACGUGACGCUAGGGGACGACAUUUUGACUGUCCGUCAAAAGGCAGCGCGCAAGAUCGUCAGUAGGGAGCUCCCUACCUUCUCCGGGGUGCCAGAGCAAUGGCCGAUGUUUUAUGCCAGCUACCAGCGAUCGUCCGCGGCAUGCGGCUUCGACGAUCAGGAGAACCUGCUACGGUUGCAGCGAGCCUUGCGUGGACCAGCUCUCGAGUCGGUAGAUCACAUACUGCUGAUGCCCUCGGGGCUGCAGAAGGCGUUGGACAUUCUCAGGUCCGAGUACGGAAGGCCGGGACUCAUCGUGGAGAGCCUGAUCCAAAAGGUGAGGAAAAUGCCCGCGCCUAGAGCGGAAAGUCUGGAGACCAUAGCAGCCUUCGGGAAGGGCGUGCAGAAGAUGUGCGCAACGAUCCAAAUAUCGGGACUGCGGCAAUAUGACUGCGAUGUCGCCCUGCUCGACGAGCUGGCGGCGAAAUUACCCCCGGAACGGCUGCUGGAAUGGGCACGGUACAAGGUGCAAUUGCCAGAGGCUACCGUCAGCGAAUUCGGCAAGUGGAUUGGAGAAAUCGCGACGGCUGCCAGGUUAAUGGUGAAGGUAUCGAAAAAGGGGCCAAUACUUGAUCGCCGUGAAUCAACAAACACUCGACAAGCGCAUGUAACCGUACACACAACCGAACCAUCUACCAGUCGUGAGUGUAAAUUAUGUCACGACGCGUGGCACAAACUGGUAGACUGCGAAAUGUUCCGGGAGUUAUCGUUGUCGGAACGACGCGCAUACGUCCGAAACGAGAGUUUAUGCGUACGAUGUUUAGCAGCGCACCGGGGUGUGUGCUUUAUAAAGACGGUGUGUAAUAUCGAAGGGUGCAAAUUACACCAUCACGCACUGUUGCACGAGAGAAGUAGCACUACGGGAAGAUCAGGCAACGCACACAGCACUAAACACGACACCACACAAGACACUAAACGAUGUAACGCACACACAAGCACAGAUGGAAACAUUCUGCUACGCUAUGUACCGGUCAUCCUUUACGGCAAUAAUAAGGAGGUACGGACGUACGCUCUCCUUGAUGAAGGGUCGACAGCGACAUUUAUAGAGCAUAGUUUGAUCGAAGAGCUCGGUGUUGAGGGCAGACCGGAUCCGAUGAGUUUGAGGUGGACGGGCGGCACCACACGUCAGGAGGUUGGCUCAGUUCGUGUGGCACUUAGCAUCUCAGGCGUGCGCGAAGGGUCCAAGGCGUUCCAUCUAAAAAUAGUACACUCUGUUAACGAUUUAUCUCUUCCAGAACAAUCAGUAAGCAUGGAAGAACUAAGUGCAAGGUAUACUCAUCUGAGGGGAUUGCCUGUCGCCUCGUACUACAAGGCAAGACCCCGUAUCCUGAUUGGCGUGGAUAACUGGGGCCUAGGCAGGCCUCUCAAGUACGCCGAAGGUGGGAGUAGAGAGCCGCUCGCUACGAAGACGAAGCUAGGUUGGACCGUUUUCGGGGCACGCGGUGGAUCGUCACGUGGAGAAGCAGUUCGUAGCUGCUAUCAUGUGUGCAUAUGCGAUGGUGUUUCGAGUGACCAUUUAUACAACGCAUUGAAGACACAUUACGCUAUUGAAUCGCUGGGAAUUAGUAGCACAAAGACCGUUAUUCCGAAGGAAAAUGAAAGGGCCAAUGCGAUCCUUGCAUCGGAAACCCGAUUGCUGGAUAACCGUUACCAAACAGCCUUACUGUGGAAAUACGACGACGUACGGCUGCCGUGUAACAGAAACAUGGCUUUGCGAAGAUAUACGGGCCUAAGAAAAAAGAUGGAGAAAGAUCCCGAAUUAGCGAACGCUAUCACCCAAAAGAUGAAGGACUACGAGGCGAAGGGCUACAUCCGCCGAAUGAACGAGAGUGAGGUUGCUAAACGGGAGCCCAGAGACUGGUUCUUGCCAAUUUUCCCAGUCUUCAACGUCAAUAAGCCAGGGAAACUCCGAAUGGUGUUCGACGCUGCCGCACAGGUCCAAGGAGUUAGUCUAAACAGUUUCCUCCUCACAGGGCCGGACCAGUUGGUGGGAUUGGUCGCAGUACUCUACAAAUUUCGUGAGUUCCGUGUAGCAGUAACGGGAGACAUCCGCGAGAUGUUUUUCCAAGUACGUAUGAAACCAGCAGACCAACGUAGCCAAUUAUUCUUCUGGGAUGACGGGAGCAGUCCAAACAGGCCACCGAAUAUCUACGCAGUCUCCGUCAUGACAUUUGGAGCUGCUUGUUCUCCUGGUAGUGCUCACUACGUGAAGAAUAUCAACGCGGAUAGGUUCGCUGAAAGGUUUCCCCGAGCUUCACAGUGCAUAAAGUACGAACACUACGUAGAUGACAUGCUGUCCAGCGUCGAGACGGAGGAGGAAGCAGUAACGUUAGCAGAAGACGUUAAACACGUACAUGCACAAGGUGGAUUCGAGAUCCGGAACUGGUUAUCCAAUUCCAGGGAGGUAGUUAAGCGCUUGCGAAGCGCAGCCAACGACCAAACAAGCAUCGAAAUGUGUGCCGAACAAGGCACGGAAAAGGUAUUGGGAAUGUGGUGGAACACGGAGGAUGACACAUUCACCUUUCGACUCAGCCCGAAGAACGACCAGGAGCUAUUGGCUGGAACCAAGAUGCCCACAAAACGUGAAGUACUUCGAACGCUGAUGGUCAUAUAUGAUCCUCUAGGUCUGAUUGGACACUUUCUGAUGUUUCUGAAAGUCUUACUGCAAGAUCUGUGGCGCUCCCGUCUAGGAUGGGAUGAUACUCUGGAGGGCGACGUCGCGAAGAAAUGGUUGAAAUGGGUAGCAGUACUGCCUGACCUGCAAAAGACUACCGUUAGAAGAUGUUAUCGAGAAUUAUCGUCGCACAGUGUCAACAACAUACAACUGCACAUAUUUUGCGACGCCAGUCAAAGCGGUAUGGCAGCGGUAGCUUACCUGCGAUUCGAAGAAAAUGGCAUAAUAGAGUGCGCACUGGUCGGCUCGAAAACACGUGUAGCGCCGAUUAAAUAUCUGUCCAUUCCAAGGCUCGAGCUGCAAGCCGCAUUAAUAGGGGCUCGCUUCGCCAGGCACAUAGCAGACGAGCAUCGUUUAAGCAUCACCAAAAGGAUAUUUUGGACCGAUUCGAGAAACGUCGUUAGCUGGAUCAGGUCCGACCAUAGGCGAUAUUCCCCAUUUGUUGCAUUUCGGGUAAGCGAAUUGAUCGAAUCCACUAACACGGAAGAAUGGCAUUGGCUAUCAACCAAGCUAAACGUCGCGGAUGACGCGACCAAAUGGCAGGCGAUUCCGGAAAUGGGGCCGUCGGGACGAUGGUUUCGUGGGCCGGAGUUCAUCUGGCAACCAGAAGGAGAGUGGCCGAUAAACAACGCCGAUGUCGGAGAGACGGUCGAGGAAGCUCGGCAAGUAAUCCUGCACCACACAAUAGACGAUCAUCUGGUUGACUUCACACGGUUUUCGCGAUGGAAAACGCUCCUGAGAACAGUCGGAUACGUCAUACGGUACGUAGAAACUCUACGGCGCAAGGUCCGACAGCUUGAAGUACCAAAGGGGCCACUAACGCAGGAGGAACUAUCGACAGCGGAACGAACAAUAUUCAUCGUCGUCCAAAUGAUAGAGUUUGGGAGUGAUGUGAAGCGCAUGAAGAACACCACCGACAGGAAGUAUCCAUGGACGAAACCGCUGAAAAGGGAAAGCAAACUAUAUAAGCUUUGUCCCAUUUUAGAUGAACAUGGUGUGCUUAGAGUACACGGGCGUAUUAACCACUACCUUUUUGAUGAGUCACUUCAGAGACCGGUAAUCCUCCCGAGGCGGCACCAUGUCACAGACCUUAUUAUACAGGACUUCCAUGAAAGGUACUGUCAUCAGAACCAUAGGACGGUGGUAAACCAACUACAGGCGAAGUUCCACAUACCGAAGGUUCGGGUAGAAUUCAACCGCGUGCGACGCCUGUGUCAGUGGUGCAAGAUCCGCGAUGCAGCGCCAAACCCGCCGAUAAUGGGGAGCAUCCCUUUCCAAAGGCUUGCAGUUUCGCAAAGGCCUUUCACCUACACCGGGCUGGACUAUUUUGGACCGAUACAUGUCACCGUUGGACGUCGCCAUGAGAAACGGUGGGGAGCGAUAUUCACCUGCCUGACAACGCGAGCGAUUCAUUUGGAGGUAGUCCACACGCUUACAACAGCCUCCUGUAUUCUGGCGAUCCGCCGAUUCGUCGCGAGACGUGGAUCACCACGUGAGAUCAUCAGUGACCAGGGCACUAAUUUCGUCGGAGCAGCGCGAGAGUUACGAGAAGCCUUGAAGGACGUCGACACGGAUGCGUUAAUGGAGAGGUUUUCGAGUCCGGUGAUGAAGUGGACUUUCAACCCACCAUCCGCGCCUCACUUUGGUGGAUGUUGGGAGCGUCUGGUGCAAUCGGUCAAGAAGGCGCUAAGCAGCCUGGAUUUACCCAAAACUCCGAGUGAUGAGCAGCUGAUAUCAACCCUAACGGAAAUCGAACUAAUUAUUAAUUGCAGACCACUGACGUACAUACCUUUAGAAGACGAGAUGGACUCUCCGAUAACGCCAAACCACCUCCUGUUGGGUAGCUCGGACGGAGCUAAGCCAGAAGCGUUCCUGGAUGAUUCGCCGGCAGCUGUAAAGGCAUCGUGGUGUGCUGCACAACGUAACGCGCAGCUAUUCUGGAAGAAGUGGACCGAAGACUACUUGCCAACGUUAACCCGGCGAACGAAGUGGUUCGAACCUGUAAAACCAAUCGCAGUCGGCGACAUAGUGUUGAUUAUCGACGGAAACCUACCUCGUAGUUGCUAUCCGAAGGGACGCGUAAUCGCAAUAGUUCAGGCAAAAGACGGUCAGGUUAGACGCGCGACGGUACAGACUAACAGCGGUACAAUCGAACGACCCGCUACUAAAAUCGCAGUGUUAGACGUAAAAACGCGGAGGGAUUAA